AUGUGCUCCUAUAAUCGCGUCAACGGCUCCUACGGCUACCAAAUCUUGAAGACCCUUAACGGACUACUGAAGGACAAGCUCAGCUUCCAAGACUAUGUCUCACCUCCUGCUCCCCCCUCGACUCAACGGCGUUCCCCUCAACUUCCCCCCAAAAUCCAUCUGGGUCCACCAAUUCGCCCUCGCCCCCCCGCCAACAUCCGCACCCCCGCCUUUCCCAUCCGCACCCUAAGCGCCACCGGCAUCGCCCUCCUCAAAACCAAAACUGCCACCGUCCCCCUGACCCGCCCUACCAACCUCGCCGUCCUCAGCAACGCCGACACCAUCUCCCUCACAUCCGACAUCGCCACCGGCAACUACGCAACCAGCCGACACCAUCUCCCUCACAUCCGACAUCGCCACCGGCAACUACGCAACCAGCCGCUUCAGCUACGCACUCCCGCCGCUCGCCGCAAUCAAAGCGCGCUGGUUGGUGCAGUACAAACACGCUCCUCUCCUCUCUUCCACGGGGGUAGCGACGCCGGCGCCGGGGGUUUGCGUGCUGCUGCUGCUGGAGUCUUGGGGCCUGGGCCGCGGAGAGCGCGGACCGCGUAG